AAGAGUCAUCGCCCUACAUUCAUCAUGAGACAACCUAAUAGUGCAGUGCCGUAUUCUCAGCUGAAAGACCCAGGACUACAGCCAGUAAAGGUUGUUUGUGUACAUACUGACCUCUACCGUACUCAAAUUAUUCAAGGAACCCAACUAGAAGAAGGAGCGAGGUUAAAUUUUUGCCUAAUCCUAACAAUGUUGGGUCUUUGCUUAACAGCGGCUAUCCUAGCGCUUAGUAUGCCUGCAGCCUUUAAUGGAGAAACCAUAUUUGAUAUCGUUGGUAGUGAAGUGUAUGAAAGCCUAGAGCCGAAUGAGUUUUACGAUGUUAAAAAUAUAAAAUUGAAGAACUCGCAAAUGUUUGAAAAUCUGGAAACUCUGAGAAAUUUAGAUGGAAGUAAUGAUGAAGAAAUUGAUCUUUCUGGAGAAGUUUAUCCUAAAAAGCAAACAGAGGACUUUGAAAUAGAAGAUGAGAUUACUAUGAAGGAUGUUGAUUACCCUGAUGAGGACGGAAUUAUGACAAACCAACCCUUAGAUUCAUUUCUAAACAACAGACCUAUCAUAGGUGUACUCAGUCAGGAGUUGGACAACGACCUUCGAGACAAACUUCCUAAAGGAUUAAAUAUGACAGCUUACAUUGCUGCAAGCUACGUCAAAUGGAUUGAGAGUGGGGGAGCAAGGGUGGUUCCUGUCAUUAUUGGGAAAUCUAAAUCUUAUUACAAAAAGUGUUAUAAUUUUAAUGAUAUUCAGGCAAAUGACAAUGGAGACUAUUUUCCGAUCUGGGGAACAUGUAACGGAUUCGAACUGUUGACCGUCAUGUCAAUGUCUGAUGACCAGUCAAGACUUACCGAUUGCGAUUCUGAAGACCAGGCUUUACCACUUAAACUUCGUGGAGAGUGGAGACAGAGUAGAAUAUAUGGCAGGAUCCCAAAACACAUCCUACGAGAUCUAAUCAAGAAACCUGUCACAAUCAACUUUCAUCACUUCUGCCUCACUCCAACCAACUUUACUAAAUUCGGAAUGGAGCGCUUUUGGAAUGCUUUAUCUGUAAAUAGAGAUAUCUAUGAUUUAGAGUAUAUUUCAACCAUAGAGGCUCGAAAUUAUCCGUUUGUCGGAGUACAAUUUCAUCCAGAAAAGAACAUUUUUGAGUGGAGCGAGAAGGAACGAAAUAUUCCUCAUAAUGAAGCUGCUGUAAAUGUUGGAAGUUACUUUGCUCGUUAUCUGGUAAAUAUGGCACGGCGUAGCUUCCAUUCUUUUGAAACCAGUUUGGAUGAAGAAUAUGCUCUGAUCUACAACUAUCAGCCUCUCUACUCGGAAAAUCAACAAGUUCACAUGACCUUUGAACAAAUUUAUCUCUUCUAGACGGAAGUUGAAAAAUAAAUAUUUAUUUAAAUGCUAA